CUGGGGUUUGAGGAAAGACGGAAGCGUCAAAUUACAAAGGAUAUUCAAAACUUUCAAUUUUCUUUUUUAUCUAAAAAACUACUGGGCCGAACGGAACUCAAAAAAACGGUCACCUGUCAUGGGCCGCGCGACACAAAGGAGCGCCAGCUGAGUCGACGCAAUGAAGAAGGUGGUGCUGUUUAAGGGCGCGUCGGAGGAGUACGAGCGCGCCUUCCGCGAGCACAACUAUGAGGCGAUCUUCGUAGAGCCUCUACAGUUCACGUGCGUGAACCUGGAGGCGCUGGGCACGGCGCUGCGCGGCGAGUACGCGGGGCUGGUGCUCACGAGCGCGCGCGCGGCCGAGGCGGUGGCGCGCUGCUGGGACCCCGCGCGCUUCGUGGCCUGGAGCGCGCGCCGCGUCUACACCGUCGGCGACGCCACCGCGCACAAGAUCAAGCUCCUGCUCGGCCUCGACGCCCGAGGCGCCACUGCCGGCAAUGCUGAGAACCUCGCCAAGAUCAUUGUGAAAGAAAAUGCGAGCUCUAGCAAAUUCUUGUUCCCCUGCGGAAAUUUACGAUCUGAAACCCUCCCGACCAUCCUUCAAUCUAAAGGUAUUUUGGUAGACUCACUAACUGUUUAUGAGACUAAGGAGAAUGAAAAUUUAAAAGCAGAUUUGAUGGAGCUGGAUGGGUCUGCACAUGACCCGUGCUGUAUGGUGUUCUUCAGCCCUUCGGGCUGUGAGUACAUCCACCGGCAGCUGCAGACGUUCAGCAACCGGCUGACCGACCUGCCAUACUUUGCCAUUGGGAACUCCACUGCACAUAAGAUUGAGAACUUGGGCGUAGAGAUUGCGGGAGUGGCGGAAAAGCCCCGCGCCGAGAGUAUGAUAGAGUCCGUACACAAGUAUUUUGCUGCAAGUACUAGUAGUUAGUGGCACUAUUAGUAAACAAACAAGUAGUGACCAUUCACCCUGUAACAUGUUGGCUGCCCACCAUACUACACCAACAGUAUUCCUGUGCUCCCAGGUUUUGAUCCCACUGGUGAUGCUCAUGUCAUGGCAAUAAACAUGUUAAUGGUCCAGAUUAAAAAAUACCUGAUUUAAGCCUCAUUGCCUCUUUAAAGUCCUAAAAAUUCAGCCUAAGAAAAAAUAUGAUGUUAUAUCUAAGUGUGACCUAUAAAGGGUUAAAUGUUCUUACUUCUUUUGGACAUAACUAGAAAAGUGCAAUAUAAAGGUAAAUAUGUAUAUAAAAGACUGAUAUAUAUAAUCUGGUGGCCAUAUAACAGCUUUCAAAUUUGCAUUUUUGUGAAAGGGGUAUCCAAUUUGAAUUAAAAAUAGAACACAGUAAUUAUAGUGAAAAAACUCAAAUAUUACAGGCCAUAAAUUGUACAUUAAAUGAAAUAUGAUAGCUCUUAUGAAUAAAGUAUUUCCAGUUCAAUUAUUUAGAAAUCAUAAGCAUUAGGUGUUGGUAUUGUUAUAUUUUUUUAUUGUUUGUUAUAAUUCUUACACAUGUAUGUACAAAUUUUUCAUAGAAAAAUAUUAAAA